AUGUCCUUCCCGCAAAAGUCAAAUGGGAACCGCAUUCUCCGUCGAGUGCGGCCCAGAGACUCGAGCACGCCGCCGCCGCUGAUCGACAUCUCGGUGAGCCAGGUCCAGGCGCUUGAUUCCGCAGCCGAGUAUUAUCACUACCAAUAUCAGCUGCUGAAGGACACGAUCGAAAAACUGGGUCUCAAGGACGCCGUGUACGCAUAUAUGCAAAAGAACGACCUGACGAUGCAGGACCUGAACGAUCCCGCUGUCUUUCAGCGCGUUGUCGAUGCCUUGGAGAGUGUGGCUUACAGCUCGGUUCUGGUCGGUACAGCUGCCGUGGAGCUGACCCUUCCGUCCAGCUACGACCUGCGAAAGCAGGGUCGGGUCGGACAAAUCAAGAACCAAGGCCAGUGUGCCAGCUGCGUUGGAUUCUCCAGUUCGUCCGUCAUCGAAAGCACCAUGAUGACGCUCGGUCAAACGCUGACGGCAUCACCCUCAGACAUAUUUUUCUGUCUCGGGACUGGUGCUGCCCACUGCGCAACUGGAUGGAAUGUCGGCGAUGCCGCAAGCAAGAUACAGUCGUAUGGAUUCGUCGAGGACUCGUGCUUCCCGUAUCCAAGCACUGCCCUGGCUUCAGGCCAGGAUGCCACUUGCGUGCACUCUAGCUGCUCCCGACACAUGGAUCUGCAAAUGACGCUGUUGACGGGUAACCAAGGUGUUGCCAUGCAACGAGUCAAGCGCAACAUGAUGACUAACGGGGCCGUGCUGACCUGGAUCGUGAUCUACGCUAGCUUCGAUACGAUGACGUCUUGUCGAAACCAAGAGGACGCAAGCGGAAACCCAAUCUCGGCGUGGAAGUUGCAGUCCACCGACACCACACCCCUGGGCGGGCACGCCAUCGCCUGCGUGGGAUGGAACGACAGCCUGCAGGCCUGGCUCUGUCAGAACUCUUGGGGAAGUAGCUGGGGCAACAAUGGAUUCUUCUGGAUUGGAUAUGGCCAGGCUGGCGUCAUGGGCGAGGCCUAUGGAUUCUUCUGAACUUGCCCCAAAUAGAGCCAGCGGGGCAGUCCGAGUCGCCGCCAGCGGUCACUCAACUCUGG